AUGCUGCUGUCUGGUGUUAUUUAUUUUGUUCCUUGUUUCGUCCAGGUCUAUCCGGUCAACCGCCCGUCCCUGACCGAUCCAAGCCACAACACCUACGCAGCGCCCGUGCCCACUGCCGUGGCCCAGGGAAUCUGUGGGCACAUAUGUCAAUGGUUGUGGUCUGGAUGGCGUGGCACCGCGUUUGAAGAGCCACCAGUCACUCAUGAUCCUCCCCGACGCGCUCCGAACCCCGCAAACAGCCCCGCGGACUGCAAAGCCUGCCGUGAAUGGCAUGUUCCCUGCGACCAGGCACACCCCCAGUGCUCGCACUGCUGGCAGCAGCAGAUCCUCUGUUUUUAUGUGACACCCAAGGUCAAGCCCAAGCGCGGUCAGGCGACGAGGCUAGAGCCAUCGCUCGAUACACCAGACCGCCAGAUCGUCAAUGCGACCGGGUGA